GCGCAAACAGGGCAAUUUCUUUUUGAGGCAACAAAAAAAUGCCAUAAGGGAUGAGGAGGGAGGGACUCAAAAUUUUUUGCGGUCAACAAAAGCUUAUCAUCUCUCACUGUUUGUGCAAAUGUAGAUGAUCGACACGAUGGCGAUGGCGUCUACUGCUGUGCGAAAGGGUUCCACUUUAAGCUAAUUCUAGUUGGCCGGUUUUAAAAAUCAACGCAGUGGCAGCUCCCAACUAUUUUGAUUUCUGUUUAUACCCCUAUGUAUGGUUUUCUUACCAGUAGGCAGAAGUGAGCACGCUUGAUUUGUACUUGGUCGAGAGUUCCUUCAUCAGGCAUCUCUCUUGUAUAUGCCUUAUUGCCAUGGCAGAAAAAACAGCACCCCACAACCAGCAGCAGCUCCAUGUAUUCUUCUUUCCCUUCAUGUCUCCAGGCCAUCAAAUUCCCAUGCUAGAUAUGGCAAGGCUAGUCGCCACACGCGGCGUAAAAACCACCAUAGUCACCACCCCAUGCAACUUCUCCCGCUUCCAAUCCAUCAUUGACCGCGACAGACAAAGUGGUAAUGUUGACAUUAACGUUCACAUCCUCAAAUUCCCCUCUGACAUGGCUGGCUUGCCUCAAAAUUGUGAGAACCUUGACUCCCUACCAUCCAGACUCUUGUCGAACAGUUUCAGCAGAGCCGUGAUGAUGCUCCAACCGCAGGGUGAUGAUCUUGUUCAUCAAUACCAACCAGAUGCAAUCAUAUCAGAUCUAAACAUCCCGUGGACGGCCCAAAUUGCCAAAAAGUACGAUAUCCCGCGAAUAGUCUUCCACGGGACUUGUUGUUUUUCUCUUUGUGUUACGGACAGUGUCAGUAAAUACAAGCCAUAUGAGGGAGUAAGUAAUGAUUGGAUGCCUUUCUUGGUCCCGGGAUUGCCGGACCGGGUACACAUUACAAUGUCUCAGAUGCCUGGACGUUUCUUUCGCAACUUGGGUCUGCAAGAAUUUUUCAUCCAAUUCGUUGAAGCUGAACGUAACACCUAUGGAGUUGUGGCCAAUUCUGUCUAUGAGAUUGAACCAGAGUACGUAGAACACUUUAAGAAGAUAAGUGGUAAGAAGAUAUGGACGGUUGGACCGGUCUCACUAUGUAAUGAGAAGGAUGUGGACAUGGCCGAGAGAGGUAACAAAGCUUCCAUUGAUAAGGACCACUGCCUUGCAUGGCUGGAUUCAAAAGAACCAAACUCAGUGAUCUAUAUUUCUUUUGGGAGUCUCUGUGCUUUUGCUGAGUCGCAGCUUGUUGAGAUUGGUUUGGGCCUUGAAGCUUCAAAUUGUUCUUUCAUAUGGGUUAUCAAGGAUGGUUUUGGUGAUGGGCUUGCUAUUCAGGAUUUGGAGGAGAGAGUAAAGGGCCGUGGCCUUGUCAUUAGGGGUUGGGCCCCACAGCUACUGAUCCUUAACCACCUGGCGGUGGGUGGGUUCAUGACUCACUGUGGUUGGAACUCGGUGUUGGAAGCACUGAGUUCUGGUGUACCAAUGAUAACGUGGCCGCUCUUUGGGGAGCAGUUCUAUAAUGCAAAUUUCCUUUUGAGGCAGUUGAAAAUUGGUUUCGGGAUUGGUGUCGACACUGGGUUGAAGUGGGGAGAGGAGGAGCAGGCUGGAGCCUUGGUGAAGAGAAACCGUGUGGCGGCAGUUGUGUCUCGAUUGAUGGGUGGUAGUGAAUUGGUGAAAGAGAUGAGGGAGCGGGUGAGCAGAAUCAGUAAACUGGCUAGGUUGGCUAUGAGUGAAGGCGGAUCUUCUUAUGGGAAUUUUGAUCUUCUGAUUGAGGAUCUUUUAGCUCUAAAGAAGGAGAGGUUGGCAAAGGGAGAAUAGAUGAGUUGAGAAUCAACUUGUAUUUUCAGUAUUCUCAUAUGUAGAUAUUCUCCUACACGUCCUUAGAGAUGCUAACAAUAGAGUGUUGUACCAUCCUCUAUAGCUAUUAAUUAGAAAUAAUUUUUGCAGCCACACUUGUACAAUUGGAAGUCAUUUUGAUGGGUGUUUUGUUUCAUAGUAAACGUCGUAAUUCAACCUUAUUAUUUUGUAUAUAAAUCUAUGUCAUUAUAUGUUCGUAUAUCA